CGCCAUCUUCCUCACUCUGAUAUAGGAACCCUCACCCUUCGACCCCCCGCUGCAGCGGAAUGCAUCUUUGAAUCCCACAGUCCUUCGUAAUGUCGUUUUUGCAAGCCUCGGCGAAACCGGCCUCGGCCAUCUCGACCCGUCUCGCCGCCUCUGGCAGCUCGCACCAUCUACUUUCCUGCGGCCCGCCCAGAAUGCAUGUCCUGCAGUUGACCCGAACCCACAAUCCCUGGCAGAGGGUCCGCUUCUCUUCAUCGGGCACCUCCUCGUCGCCAAAGCCCGGCUCACCUGGAUUCUGGCGCGAGCUCCGAAGAAUCGCACUCCUGGCUCGACCAGAGGCCCUGCCGCUCACCGGCGCUGUGCUGCUUCUCAGCGUAUCCUCGGCUGUGACCAUGAGCGUCCCUUUCAGCAUGGGCAAGAUCAUUGAUUUGGUCCUCGAGGGUCUCAAGGAAGAGCAGUCGGCCAAAUCGACCGACUCUGGCUUACCCGACCCAGCCCAGUCCCAGGCAGUUGCAGCGGCUGAGCCAACCAAGCCUCAGGAUGUCAAAGGGCCCUCGAAUCCUCUCGGCGCAAUACUGGAGCGCCCUGACCCAGAGUCCCAGUCCACAGAGCGAGUCAGCCUGCCUCUGAUAUUUGGCGGACUCUUGGCCGUUUUUGCUGUGGGUGCCGCCGCCAACACGGGCAGAGUCAUUUUGAUGAGGCUGACGGGCGAAAAGAUUGUCUUUUCGCUGCGACGGCGUCUGUUCCAGAACAUCAUGAAGCAGGACAUUGCAUUCUUUGACCGCAACCAAGGCGGCGAGCUGGUGUCGAGACUGUCGUCGGACAGCUUGAUUGUCGGCCGCACCGUCACAAACAACCUGAGCGAUGGACUGAGGAGCCUGGCCAUGAGCACUAUGGGCGUUGGUAUGAUGGCAUACAUCAACCUUAAGCUCACGAUGAUCAUGAUGAUGAUUGUUCCGCCCGUGGCGCUUUCAGCUGUCUGGUAUGGACGAAUCGUCCGAGACCUGUCCAAGAAGACACAGGACGCUGUCAGCGAGGCGACCAAGGUCUCGACCGAGCGUUUUGGCAACGUUCGCACCGUAAGGGCCUUUGCACAAGAGCACCGCGAGAUCGAUCUCUAUACCGACAAAGCCCGAGCCAUCUACAAUCUUGCCCGGCGCGAGGCAACGGCCUCGGGCUUUUUCUUUGGCGGCACGGGCUUUGCCGGAAAUGCGGUCAUGUUGGCCCUGUUAUACUAUGGUGGAAGCAUGGUGACUUCCGGCGCCAUCACCGUCGGAGAACUGACGUCGUUCUUCCUGUAUACGGCUUAUGUCGGUGGCUCCAUGAUCGGUAUUUCAGGAGUCUAUAGUGAUCUCAUGAAAGGCGUGGGCGCCAGCUCGCGACUAUUUAAUCUGCUUGACACCAAAGCAGAGAUCGAGUCCCUCCCGAGUAAAGGCCUGCAGCUCGACCCCGAUCGAGUCAAGGGGCACAUCCAGCUCAGAAACAUUGCCUUUACCUACCCGACUCGAAGCGACGUGCAGAUCUUCAAGGAUCUGUCGUUUGAGGUCGAGGCCGGGACAAGCGUGGCCAUCGUUGGUCACUCCGGCUCUGGAAAAAGCACCGUCGCUCAGUUGAUACUGCGCUUCUACGACCCAUCGACGGGCUCGGUUACAAUCGACGGCAAGGAUGUAAAGGAUUUGGACGUCGCCUGGCUGCGCGACAACCUCAUUGGAUUUGUUUCGCAAGAGCCCGUUCUCUUUGCAGCUACGAUCCGCGAUAACAUUGCCUACGGACGGCCCUCGGCCUCGCUGGAGGAUAUCCAAAGUGCUGCUGAACAGGCCAACGCUCGGGAGUUUAUCGAGUCCUUCCCCGAUGGCUUUGACACCUUUGUGGGCGAGAAGGGCUAUGCUCUCUCCGGCGGACAAAAGCAGCGCAUUGCCAUUGCCCGAGCCUUGCUCAAGAACCCCAAGAUCUUGGUUCUGGACGAAGCCACUUCGGCACUCGACGCCACGAGUGAAUACCUGGUCUCGGAUGCUCUGGACCGCCUGGUCGAGGGACGGACAGUGAUCACCAUUGCCCACCGUCUGUCCACCAUCAUGAAGGCCGACAAGAUCAUCAUGCUUGAGAGUGGACAGGUUGCCGAGCAGGGAUCCUUUGCCGAGCUCAUGAACAUCCCCAACGGCAAGUUCAGGGAGCUCGUCCAACGACAGCUCGGCGACGCCGUCGAGGACGACGACUAACAGACAAGUGCUCAGCGAUCAACAGCCCAGAAGCCAUCAAAGCCGGCCCUGUAUCCGAAAGGGCUGCUUGAUCAGUGGCAGAGGACCUGCAGGCCCGAAACUGCAUGUCCGUCCAGCCUACAUCUAUUCCUCAUGCCCCGCUCCGCUCCGCUGGUGGCACUCCUCACUCCUGCUCCAUAGUCGGCUCUUUCUCUUCCUGCAGUCAUCUCCCGUAUAUGUCUCCGCCCUCCCCUCUACUCCUCUCUCUCUCGCCGCACUUUGCUCUAUCGGUUGUGUUCCCGGCCUCAUAGUGCCUCCGUCCGUUCGUUACCGCUUGUCUCUCUGUCUCGAGCACAAUACAGAACUAGAUAUAAUCGCACGU